GCAAAGUCUUGCAAUGUAAUAAGCUGUUUGUCAGAAACUUCUGACACCCCUUUCUCUCUCUACCCUUCUCUCUCUCCCACUCUUGCAACUUACAAUAGAAGUAAAUGGAGGCAACUGCAGAAGCACUUCCGUGCCGAGCUUACCCUUUUCAAAUACCCUUUAACAUUAUUUUUAAUAUUCACACUGAAAAAAGGUAAUAAAAAAAGAAGCUUUUUUUCCUUGAGCAUCACAAUCGGACACAGACCCUCUUAAGAAAAAGGAAAAAAAAGCCUUAUGUGAAUGUGACAAUGGAAGCUAAGCCUCUUCGAACUGUUCCCUCUUCACACAACACUUCUGGGGUAGGAGGUGGACCCCAGAAGAAGAUUGGCAUGGAACACAAGAUGGAAAGUCGUGUUGUUGAUGAGAGGAAGAGGGUUGUUAUGGUCAAGGAAGAGAACAGCACUUCUUCUCCCAACAGUGUUGAACUUCAUCUCGGGUUUGAUGCUUCUCAUUCGACUCCACAAGAAAUAAACCAUGUGAUCACUGAAGCUCAGAGGCGUGAGCUUCACCAUCAAGUUUUCAUCUUCAACCAUUUGGCUUAUAAUCUUCCUCCUCCUUAUCACCUUGUGCAAUUCCCUAGCAACAUGUCAGAAUACAGUUUCCUGGGUUUUGAUCAUGGGAUUAUGGUGGAUCCAGAACCUCAUAGGUGUAGAAGAACUGAUGGAAAGAAAUGGAGGUGUGGUAAGAAUGUGGUGCCUAACCAGAAGUACUGUGAAAGGCACAUGCACAGAGGUCGAAAUCGUUCAAGAAAGCCUGUGGAAACAUCUCAAGUUAACUCUCCUUUGGCAACAAAGCCUUGUAGCAAGUCACACACCAAACCAUCCUCAAAGACACAAUUUGAAAUUUCAAGUCCAAACCUUAUCGCCAUUCCACAUAUUGACACAUCAAGUACCCCAUCAAGGAGCCUCAGUGUCACCAAUUGCUCUUCUGCUAAUAAUAGGUCGAAAAAUAGGGCAGGUUAUGCUGACUACCUCAUGUCGUUUUCUUCCGCGUCCACAGUGUCCCCUGGAACCACUCUUGCCACUCCAGUUGCCCCUAAGAUAGCUGCCUUCAGCAGUGCGACAUCCGUUGUUGCUUCAGAUAGCAAAAGUUGCCUAAAGAUAUGCCAGAAAGAUAACCAGUCCAAGAGCUGUAUCAGCAACAACAUCGGUGUUAAAAGCGGUGGGAAAGGAAGCAUUGUUGGUGAUACUAAUACUAAUGGCAUCUCUACUGGAAUAAGCUUCUCCCCAACGAGUGUUCUUCAAGUUUCAGUUUCUGGUUGCAACCCUUCAUACCUGAAUGACGGAACCAACAUAGAAGCUGCAUCCGGUAGGUGCCGGAGAACAGAUGGUAAGAAGUGGCAGUGCAAGAGUGCUGUUCUUCCUGGUCAGAAAUACUGUGCCACACACAUGCAUAGAGGUGCCAAAAAGCGUCUCACAAGCCAUGAACCAGCAGCUACUGCUACCAGUUCCGCCGUUACCGUUGCGCGGUUGCCUUACUCUUCAGCCACUACCAACAUACAGAAAGCGCAUUGUGCAAUUCCAAACACAAAUCUUUCCAUGUCAGUCCAAGCCAGGGAAGCAUUCAUACAAUGUAAUGAGAAAAGUCAAAGUAGCAGUGACACUGAUACUACUAUCAGUGACACCUUGAAUGAGUAUAGCUAUGCUUCUUUCUGAGAAGCUCUUUUGUUUUUUGUUUUUUGAAACUUGCAUCAUGUUUACACGAACAAAAGUAAACAAGUAACUUGUAACAUUUGAGGUCAGUUAUGUGUGGACUGAACAAUGAUCUCCAUGAAGAAAAGAUUAACCACGUGUUUGUUGUUUUUAA